AUGCAAGAACAAAAACCCGGUCGAUCCAUGAGCAGCACCGGGCGCAAGAGCAGUAAGAUGCUGCAGCCUCCCGCCAUGGACGAUAUGGAUCAGUCCGAAAUGGAUCACACCAACGCCAACGAUGACAACGAUAACAAGACACCCGCCGAUGAUGAUCGCAGCCAAGAAAGCGCUCGUCACGAGAGUCCUCGUUCCAAGCUACGAGAAGCCAUGGACAUGAUCAAUCAGUUGCGUUAUCGGUGCGGGACCAUUGUCAACAAUGAAAAUGUCCAGUUCUUUAUCGUCAUUUUGAUUGCCGUCAACGCUAUUAUGAUGGGAGUGGGAACCUUUGAUUUUGUCACUGAAAAUCCAGAAGUCGAUCAUGCAUUCGAAACCACCGACAAGGUCUUUCUGGUCAUAUUUACCAUUGAGUUGGUCAUGCAGUUCAUAUUUCAUGGAUGGAGGCUCCUCUUGGAUGGAUGGCUCGUCUUCGAUUUAAUUGUGAUUGCCAUGAGUUGGACUUUCUCACAAGUACAAAUUAUUCGAGCAUUCCGUAUUUUCCGUGCACUGCGUUUGAUUACCAGAAUUGAAGUCAUGAAGAACCUGGUUCUAGCCCUCUUCGGAGUCAUGCCCCGAAUGUGUGCCAUUGGUAUUCUCCUCUUUUUGGUCUCGUACAUCUUUGCCGUCAUGUUCACACAACUAUUCAAGGACCUUUACGCUGAAGGAGCCACCAGUGAAGAUUAUUUUGGAAGAAUGGACGGAACGUUCUUUACACUCUUCCAAAUCAUGACACUCGAUUCAUGGGCCGACAUUGCGCGAGAAGUCAUGGUCGUACAUCGAUGGGCAUGGUUGCCAUUCAUCUCCUUUGUCAUCAUCACCGGUUUCAUCGUCGUCAACUUGAUUAUUGCCGUCAUUUGCGAUGCCAUCUCCGCAUUGAACGACGACGAAAAGGCCAAGUUGGAGGGACAAUUCGAUACCAACAAGGCACAAGAAGCAGACGAAGAUUCCCAAAAUGGAGAUGGGGAGGGAGCCAACCUACCCGAGGCGGAUGUGCAAGAACAGUUGGAUUCGCUGGAAGCGCAAGUGGAAGAAUUGACACGAGUUCAAGUGCAAACGCUUUACACCCUCGAGUACCUGGCGCGACAGCUGCAACGAUCGAGGGCCAUGGAAGAAAGAAACGAAGGAUUGUAA